AUGGAACCUGCCAUCAGCCAUCUGUCACACUGCGCUCUUGGCCCAAGUUGCGGAAAGCUGGGUGACUCUCUAGUCCUCUCCCUGCAACCCGUGCCCGUACAGGUGAUGUGCAACGUUGUGGAUGGCUUCAGGCUUCACGUGGAGGAUGUUGAUGGCGUUGGCGUCCCAAAGAUGUCGAUGGCUAUCUCCGUGAAGCUGGGCUUCCCCAUUCACGACCUUCUCAAGAUGUUGGCCUUGUGGCAGGAGCGUGCGGUGGACGAAGAGGGCCACACACGCCGUGCGAAGGAGGCUGCUCGCAAGGCAGGCGAGGUCGCGGCUCCCCUCCGCAACUCCCCAUUCUAUGCCAAGUACAAGACCGGGAACAGCUGGGAGCCCAUCUCCUCUCCGAAGGUCCUCUUGCUCGAUGAGGUGAAGCUGAGAGCCAAGACCUUUGCCGCGCUGCCCCUUCCCGAGCACGGGCGCGUGACCUAUGCGCAGUUCGUGGCCGGGAGAGCUCAUGCUGCCGACGCGGCCGGCACAGCCAACGCGGCCACCAGCCCCGCCGCCAACCCGGGCAGUGAGGCUACGGCGGAUUCUGGGCAGAGGCCCGAAGGGCCUCCGACCCCCAAAGCACCGCCACAAGGCUGGACAAGUCCCAGCUGGUUCGCAGUUGUCCAGCAGAAGGCAUCCUCGGCCUGGGAGUCCUUCUCACAGACUCGAGGAUGCUUGAAGCUUGACGUAGACCGCAUUGCUUCUUUGAUGUCAGUGGUCAAAGGCGCGGAGAAACUUGAGAUGCCGCGCCCAGAUGGUCGGAAGCACUUCUUUGUCGGAAAUGAUUUCGACCAUGCGCAUGUUCAGGUGUCGGCCGAGACCUCCCAGGGCAGCCAUUGGUCCUGGCUGUGGCGCUAUGUGCUCGGCGAUCAAGAAGGCGCCAAUCUGCGAGUGGUGCUGCAAAAGCUGGGCGUGGCUGAAGAUGACAUGCAAUACACGCAUUAUUGCAAGUGGAAUGGAGUUGAGUGCGACGAGGAGAAGAAGUGUGUCAAGGGGCUCCAUCUGCCAGGCAGAAACUUGCAGGGCGAGCUGCCCAUGGAGCUGGGCAAGUUGAAGCACCUGGAGAAACUGCGCCUCGGACAGAACAAUCUGUCAGGCGACCUCCGAGCUUUGCAUCCACUAGUGCGGCUGCAGUAUCUGGACCUGUCCGAGACUAACAUCACGGGAGGGCUGGAUGCUCUGCGCGAGAUGAAGGAGUUGGAAUCUCUCUUUCUGUUCCAGACACCGGUGCACGGAAAGCUGGAGGACUUGAAGCACCUGCGGCGAUUGGCUUGGCUAAUUGCGUCCAAGACACAAACCAGCGGCAGCCUGAAAGUCUUGUCUGAACUCGCAGCCGUGAAGCAUGUGCUGCUAGCAGAGACGAGUAUCACCGGGCAGCUGACGGCCCUGCGUGGCCUUAAACACUUGACAUGCCUGGACCUAUCGGCGACGGCGGUUACCGGGACCCUCCAGGACCUCCUGGAUCUUCCAGAGCUGGAGCAGGUUACGUUGAGGAACACGAAUAUCGCGGGUCGUCUGACGCCCGACUGGGCCGGGCGGCUCCCUGGGCUCAGCAUCCUAGACCUAGCGGGCAGCCUAGUUCACUUCGUGCCCACAGAGAAAGAAGCUGACCAGCUUUACCAACGAAUUUGGGGGGGAAAAGAGAUGCUGCCAAGUCUAACCGUGCUGGACGUCUCUGGGUGCCCACUGAACAGCCCGGUGGACGAGCUUCUUUGGCCAAUGGCUUAUUCGCAGCGGAUUGUGACGAUCCUCGCGACGCGGUCCGGCCUCACAGGCACACUGCCCUACAUGGCCAAUUACCUAUUAGCCACUUCCCUUCAGACCUUGGAUGCUGGGGGCCUGCUUUCCCUAGCACAGAACGAUGCUAGUAGCAUCACUUUCGCAGAGGGGGCCUUCCGAAGUGCUUUCCGGCAAGGUGUCAAGCUCGACCUAAGAGGGAUCAAGCUGACGGCGGAGGAAGCGGGUGAAGCUUUGGACAUGCUUCCUCCGCUGCGCGCGAAGGUGCUGGCAAACCGAGACCGACUCGCCUGUGCAAAUUUGCAAGCCACGGUGUUGGAUGUCACUCCGGAAAUGUUCCUGGCUGACCAGCUUUGCCACUGCGUGGCGGGACUUGCGAGCCCAAACGCCACAAACCUGUGCUUUCGGUGCUUCGCCCCAGCUAAAGAUCGGUGCGAUUCGACCAGCAGCAAUGAACGUUGGAAGGAUCGUGGCUGCGCGGAAGGCUACGAGGGCAUUCUCUGCAGCAUUUGUGCAGAGACGUUCCGCAGCAGGGCUGGCCGCUGCGAGAGGUGUGAGGCUGCUGGGCAUGUCCGGGCUUGGCUGGCUGGCGCGCUGCUGGUCACCAUGGCAUCAGCUGGUCUAUACGUCAUGCGGAGGAAGGGUGGCGACAUGUCAAUCUCCUCCAAAACGAAGGCCUUGAUGUCAUUGCUGCUUGGGCAGGGCCCAGUGCUGCUACAGUUCUUCCAGCUCUGGGGAGUCCUUGUGGGGCUCGUCCCCACUGUGACCGACGGCCGCAGAGGGGACUCAGAGCCGGGGCCGGCGCUGGAAGAGGGGGUUUCCCACUGGCUGCAGCUGACAGUGGCCGGUGUUCGUGAUGCGCUGAGCCUCGAGUGCUUCUUGGGCAGGAGGGCCUGGCGCAUCAGCGCCUUUGCCUCGCCGACCCUGCCGCUGCUGCUGCUGAUGCUUUGCCUUCUCGUCGAAAUCGCGCAUUGGCACCGAGCCGCUUGCUGGGAGAGCAAAGGCCUCGGUGUCGAUUGGGCAUUGAAGGUAUUGCUCUUUUGUUUCGUUGGUGGUGCCGCGAGCUGCGAAAAGCUCCUGCGCUGCCAAGACGUUGAUGCAGAUGGCGAGCCACUGCACGAGCACUCGUUCCUUGCUGCGCUGCCCCACCUGAGGUGUGAGGAUUCCGACAUGGAAGCUGCCUGGGCACUUUAUGUGGGAUAUGGCUCAGCCUUGGCAUAUGGCCUUAUCAUCCCCAGCUUUCUCGUCUACCUCAUUGCAAAGCAGAACCUGGAGCUAGCUAUCAAUCGACGCUGCGUGUGCUGGUGGGCCAAAGCAAACGCGGGAAAGAAGGUCACGGUGCAGGCGAAGAUGAUGAAGCAGUCAGAAGAUGAUACCGAGACGGCCAAGGAGGAGAACGCGGCUGUUUCUGACAACCUCCUGGCAGCAGCCAUCGCCUACGCUGCCGUCUUCUUCCGAGGCGAGGUACGCAUCGAACAACAGCUGGACUCUAUGACUUUGGAGCAGACGGGCAGCCAUGAUGAGAACGACGAUUUCUUGGAAUUUGAUGCGACGAAUGGUUUUUCGACCAUGUUUUCGACACUCUAUUCGAAAGAGCACAAGACGGACAUUGACAUACGGCGAUGCCAGAGCAUCACCAGGAUGCUGGCAGAGCAUGAGAUGAUCGAAAGGAAAGCGCACGAUGACCGUGUUCUGGCGGGUGCAAAAACGAUUCUGUUCAAGUAUGCUGCCUGCGACGAUGUGUGGGUGGAAGCGUCGCUGAAAGUGGUUGCCGUUGCUUUGGUCACCACUGUUUCCGUGAAAUCAGCGUUGCUGACACUCUUCGUCACGAUCGGCAUGGCCGUCCUCUUGGGUGCCCAGAAGCCGUAUAAGCAGCGCCAGGUGAAUGAUCUUCAAAGUGGAUGCUUCAUCUGCUUGUCGGUGGCCGCUUUGGGCUUUUGGCAUGGCAAGGGCCAGGGCCCUUGGCGGCUCCUUGCCCGGUCCGCGCUCGCGGUGCCUUUCCUCGUCGCCGGCAUGCAGAUGCUGCGACCAGAUGGCCCCGAAGCCCUUGCGCUGCGCCUGCACCAGGAGGCCAAGGCCAAACUUAAGGAGAGCAAGUCCGUGGAGCUGUCGGUGAAGAAGGUCAAGUUCAUUUAG